AUGCUGGCCCCGCCAGCCCCAGAGACCGCGGUCCCUAUGUCCCAGACCGAGGCCGACCUGGCCCUGCGGCCCCCGCCACCUCUCGCCGCCGCGGGGCCGCCCCGCCUCGGGCCCCCUCCUCGCCGGGCGCGCCGCUUCUCCGGGAAGACUGAGCCCCGGCCGCGCUCUUCCCGUCUCAGCCGCCGCAGCUCGGUCGACUUGGGGCUGCUGAGCUCUUGGUCCCAGCCCGCCUCACCCGUUCCGGAGCCCCCAGACCCUCCAGACUCUGCUGGUCCCUGCCCCGCGAGAAGCCCACCGCCUAGCUCCGAAAAGCCCCCCGAGGGCACGUGGACUGGGGGAGCCCUGGUAAAAGCUACAGACUCUGCCCAUUCCGAACUCUCGGGCUCCGCAGGAGUCCCGGGGUCUCGGGAGCCGGCGAGGAUCCCCGAAGCCGCAGCCCGAGAGCGGCGGCGGGAGCUGGAAGAGAAGGAGGACACGGAGACACAGGCUGUGGCGACGUCCCCUGAUGGCCGAUACCUCAAGUUUGACAUCGAGAUAGGUCGUGGCUCUUUCAAGACGGUGUAUCGAGGGCUGGACACGGACACCACCGUGGAGGUGGCCUGGUGUGAGCUGCAGACUCGGAAACUGUCUCGGUCGGAGCGGCAGCGUUUCUCUGAGGAGGUGGAGAUGCUCAAGGGGCUGCAGCACCCCAACAUCGUUCGUUUCUACGACUCAUGGAAGUCAGUGCUGAGGGGCCAGGUUUGCAUCGUGCUGGUCACCGAACUCAUGACCUCGGGCACGCUCAAGACGUACCUGAGGCGGUUCCGCGAGAUGAAGCCGCGAGUCCUCCAGCGCUGGAGCCGUCAAAUCCUGCGGGGGCUUCAUUUUCUACACUCCCGGGUUCCCCCCAUCUUGCACCGGGAUCUCAAGUGCGACAAUGUCUUUAUUACGGGCCCUUCGGGCUCGGUCAAGAUUGGGGACCUGGGUCUGGCUACGCUCAAGCGUGCCUCCUUCGCCAAGAGUGUCAUCGGAACCCCGGAGUUCAUGGCCCCGGAGAUGUACGAGGAAAAGUACGAUGAGGCCGUGGACGUGUACGCGUUCGGCAUGUGCAUGCUGGAGAUGGCUACUUCGGAGUACCCGUACUCCGAGUGCCAGAAUGCCGCGCAAAUCUACCGCAAGGUCACUUCGGGCACAAAGCCGAACAGCUUCCACAAGGUGAAGAUGCCGGAGGUGAAGCAAAUCAUUGAAGGCUGCAUCCGCACGGAUAAGAACGAGAGGUUCACUAUCCAGGAUCUCCUGGCCCACGCCUUCUUCCGCGAGGAGCGCGGCGUGCACGUGGAGCUGGCGGAGGAGGACGACGGCGAGAAGCCGGGCCUAAAACUCUGGCUGCGCAUGGAGGACGCGCGCCGCGGGGGGCGGCCGCGGGAUAACCAGGCCAUUGAGUUCCUGUUCCAGCUGGGCCGGGACGCGGCCGAGGAGGUGGCGCAGGAGAUGGUGGCUCUGGGCUUGGUCUGCGAAGCUGAUUACCAACCAGUGGCCCGUGCAGUGCGUGAGCGGGUUGCCGCCAUCCAGCGAAAACGUGAGAAGCUUCGCAAAGCUCGAGAGUUGGAGGCCCUCCCACCCUCACCAGGACCCCCACCAGUAACUGUCCCCAUGGUUCCUGGCCCCCCCUGUGCCUUCCCCCCUGAGCCAGAAGAGCCUGAGGCAGACCAGCACCAGCCCUUCCUCCUUCGCCAUGCCAGCUACUCAUCUACCACCUCGGAUUGCGAGACUGAUGGCUACCUCAGCUCCUCUGGCUUCCUGGAUGCCUCAGACCCUGUCCUUCAGCCCCCUGGGGGGGUGCCAUGCAGUCCUGCUGAGUCCCAUCUCUGCCUGCCCUCGGCUUUUGCUGUAUCCAUUCCACGUUCUGGCCUUGACAGUGACUUUGCUGCUGGGGACAGCUAUGCCUCUGAUGCAGCAUCAGGCCUCAGUGACAUGGGGGAAGGGAUGGGACGGAUGAGGAUACUUCCAGGGAGAAAUAUUCGGCGCAGACCCCGAUCCCGGCUGCGUGUCACAAGUGUCUCAGACCAGAAUGACAGAGUGGUGGAGUGCCAGCUACAGACACACAACAGCAAGAUGGUGACCUUCCGAUUUGACCUGGAUGGGGACAGCCCAGAGGAGAUCGCAGCCGCCAUGGUGUAUAAUGAGUUCAUUCUACCCUCUGAGCAAGACGGAUUCCUGAGCCGCAUUCGGGAGAUUAUCCAGCGAGUGGAGACCCUGUUGAGGAGAGAUACUGGCCCUGUGGAUACUGUCCAGGACACCCUUGGCCCCCAGGUCAGACCUCUAGGCACCUCCAGAAGUAAUGGACUCUGCUCCAGAGUUCCCUACUCUCUGCCCUUCACAGCACCCCCAGAUCUAGCUCUUCUUCACCUCUGGGACCCUAAAACUGCAGUUCUUGAGCUUUUUAGGGAGGAGCCAGCACCAUUGCCUGACCUUCCAGGCCCCCAUCCAGCCCCUUCCAGUGAGCCCCAGAGCAGCACCUCCCCAUCUUCUCCUGGAACCCCUUUGUCUCCUGGAACUCCAUUUUCCCCUGGAACUCCCCUUUUCCCAGGUCCCAUCUUCCCUAUCACUUCUACCCCAUGUUAUCCCAGCCCCUCCCUGUUUCCCCUCAUUUCUCCCCAGGGCUCCUCCCAUCCCCCUCCACACACCCCCAGCUCUCCACGUCCCCUCUCCCCUAGUGUACCCCAGUUCCCAAUCCCAACCUCUCCGCUUCUCCCGAGCUCUCUGCCUCUCGGUUCUCCACCCACAUUCUCUCCCUCUUGUUCCCAGGUCACUCAAAAUCCCACUUCCUUUCCUUUGAGUCCCUCCCCUCCUCCCAUGCCCUCCACCACAGCAGCCCCUCUCCUCUCUCUGGCUAGUGCCUUCUCGUUAGCUGUGAUGACCAUGGCCCAGUCCCUGCUGUCCCCCUCACCCGGGCUCCUUUCCCAGUCUCCUCCAGCCCCUCCUGACCCCCUGCCCAGCUUGCCCACUCCUCCUUCCCUUGCUCAUUCUGGCCAGGAGAGUCCUUCGCCCCUCACAGCUGAGAUGGAGAGUGAGGCCACCCCAAAUCCUGCUCGGCCAUUCCUGGGUGAAGCCAGACUGGCACCCAUCUCUGAAGAGGGAAAGCCCCAGCUUGUUGGGCGUUUCCAAGUGACUUCAUCCAAGGAACCAGCUGAGCCUCUUCCCCUGCAGUCAUCAUCCCCAACUCUCUGUGGUUCUCUGAAGCCUCCAACCCCUCAGCUGGCCUCAGAGAGCUCAGAUACAGAGGACAACACCGGAGGCGUGCCAGAGAACAGGGAGGCUCUGGCGGAGAGCGACCAAGCUACUGAGGGGCUGGGGGCUGGAGUUGAGGAGGAAGGGGACGAUGGGAAGAAGCCCCAAGGAGGGAGCAGCCCCCCAUCCCUGAGCCAUCCCAGCCCAGUGUGGAUGAACUACUCCUACAGCAGCCUGUGUCUGAGCAGUGAGGACUCAGAGAGCAGUGGUGAGGAUGAGGAGUUCUGGGCUGAGCUGCAGAGUCUUCGUCAGAAGCACCUGUCAGAAGUGGAGGCUCUACAGACGCUGCAGAAAAAGGAAAUUGAGGACUUGUACAGUCGGCUUGGGAAGCAGCCCCCACCGGGCAUCGUAGCCCCAGCUGCCAUGCUGUCCAGCCGCCAGCGGCGCCUCUCCAAGGGCAGCUUUCCCACUUCCCGCCGCAACAGCCUGCAGCGCUCUGAUCCCCCAGGCCCUGGCAUCAUGCGAAGGAACUCCCUGAGUGGCAGCAGCACUGGGUCCCAGGAGCAGCGGGCAAGCAAGGGGGUGACAUUCGCCGGGGAUGUUGGCAGGAUGUAUCGAGAGGGUCUCUAG